AGCGUCCCGCACGCAGCCCCCGACCCAGGCGUCCGCGGAAUCGGCGCCCCGCGCAGCCCGCACCGCGGUUCAGGCGGCGCCGAGGGCGGCCCGGGCGGAAGAGCGGGCGCGGGGCGCGCGCUCGGUAACCUGGCAACGCGGAGCAACCCGGCGCCUCCGGCGAACCCCAGCCCUCCACCGCGAGGAAGCACGGACCCCCCCCGCAGCCGCCGCGCAGCCCUCGCCGCCCCUCGGCCGCUCCGCCCGCCGCUGCCCGCAGGACCCCGCGGUGGGGGCGGCCGCCGAGAACACCUCCCGCCAGCGCCGCCCCCUUAGCUGCCCAAAGCCCGCCUGCGCCGCCACGCGCGCCCGGAGCUCACCUGGGCCGGGGCGCACGCCGCUCCCUGCGCCGAGCCCGGCGCACGCGUGUCCCGCUCGCGCUUCCCGCGGCGGCGGAAGUUUCGGGAGUCGCGUUUAAUUCGGGACCUCGGCGGAGAGGACCUCCUGGGUUUUUUUCGUUCCAAGAUGGCAGCCUCCAGCCGCGCACAGGUGCUGGAUCUGUACCGGGCGAUGCUGAGGGAGAGCAAGCACUUCUCCGCCUACAACUACAGAACUUACGCCAUCAGGAGGAUAAGAGAUGCCUUCAGAGAAAAUAAGAAUGUAAAGGAUCCUGUGCAAAUUCAAGCCCUAAUGAAUAAAGCCAGACGAGACCUUGGAAUAAUCCGUCGACAGGUACACAUUGGCCAAAUAUAUUCGACUGACAAGCUCAUCAUUGAGAAUCCAGAGAAGCCCAGGACCUAGGGAGCCGGGACCAGCCGCCACCGGCAGCCGUGGACCACUUUCAGCAUCCAUCCUGCUUGGCAAGGGCACUCCCAGCAGACCACACGUGGCCUCUCGCAUCAGCUUUAAAUGGCUUCUCGCUCUGCCUGCCCUCUAGGAACUGAUGAACUGAGCGAGGCUCCCGUUCUCCUGCAGCCUGAGUGACAAGGGGUGACAAGGGGUGGCUGUCUGUCCUUGGUUCAAGUGUCAGAAUGAAGAGCUGGAGCUCCUCAGGAGAAAGUCGUGCCUCACCGUGUCUCCUCCAGCCCACCCCUCCUUGUAGCUCCUCGGCACUUGUACACAGCAUUCCCAGAGUUUGUUUCUUGGUCCUUGACAAUAAAGAGAAGGUCCCUAGGCCUUCUAUACCAGACGCA